AAAUUGAUGAAGCUCUAGGAUUGGCCUUAUACUGUGAGAGCGCUUUUGGAUCAGCCAUAACCCGCAAAGCGGUAACAAACGCUUAUUGCUAACGCGACCUCCUCCUUCUGCAUCAGAGACCCGCUGCGACUAGGGUUUCUUCUGCACACUCAACCAAAUGGCUGAUCCUGAGUUGGAAGCAAUCAGACAGAGAAGGAUGCAGGAGCUUAUGGCUCGCCAUGGCGUGGGAAAUCAACAGAACCCUGAACAACGUGAGGCUCAGGAAGAUGCAAAGAGGGAGGCAGAGGAACGGAGACAAAUGAUUCUUAGUCAGAUAUUGUCUGCUGAAGCACGGGAAAGAAUUGCUCGAAUUGCUUUGGUGAAACCUGAGAAAGCAAGGGGUGUUGAAGAUCUUAUAUUGAGAUCUGCUCAAAUGGGUCAGAUAACUGAAAAGGUUUCUGAGGAAAGACUCAUAUCAUUGCUGGAGCAGAUAAACAACCAAACAACAAGGCAGACAAAAGUUACAAUACAGAGGCGUCGAAGUGUUCUCGAGGAUGAUGAUUAACUUUCACCGUCUCUGUAAACGGGGUGCCUUGCCUUGAGAUUUCAUGCUUUAUUAUGUAUUUUACUGACAAAGUAUUCAUGCUUUAUUAUGUAUUUUACAGUAAGUUUGAAAUUUUGGUUGUCUUGCCGGGCUUCCUUAUUAAACUGUAUACUUGGAAAGCUUUUUAUUAUUAUUUUGACAUUCAUUUGCGAAACAAUUUCUAUCAUGUGGAUGACAUCUCACUGAUUA